AUGGCAAAGACAUCACCCAACGUCUUCCACAUCCGCAACGCCGGCCUCUGGCCCCACGACGCCGACUUCAUGAUCGCCGCCUUCGACUCCACCAUCCCGCACCUCGCCGCCGGCGGCAACGCCGGCCAGUGGGGCGUCGAACCCUUCUCCCGCAAGGACGGCUUCAUCCAGGAGACGCACGACGACGUGCGCCUGUCCGAGGAGUACCGCCUGACCGGCAAGGGGGACCCUGUGCGGACUUUUAUCGCUGAGGUGCGCGUUGAUGAUGGCAACAGUACCAGCAGCAACAGCAACGGCAACGAUGAUGGCGGCGACGGGAAGGUGAACGUGAACGUGAAUGGGAACGACAACGGGAUCGGGAACGCGGACGGCGAUCACGACAACGAAGGGAGCAACAGUGGCCAGCAAUCAGAUGGUGUUGCCGGCCAUCCCCUCCCCCUCAGGACAUCCCCCUCCCCGUCCGGCGCGACAUUCCUCCCCGUCGGCCUCAUCACCAUCCGCGACGGCGCCUUCUCGCGCCACGUCUCCUCAAACGCACAGCUGCGUCCCUACACACAGCAGGCCAAGGCCGAGCACGCGCGCGCGACCAGCGGCGGCAGCAGCAGCGGCAGCGACAGCGGUAGCCAUAGCGGUAGUGGCUGCGGAAGCAAUCGUGGUAGCAGUAGUGGCAGAGGAAGCGGUAGCAGUAGCGGUUCCAGGGGCGGCGGCGGCGGCUUCAUCUACGUCGACGUCGUCGUCACCGACUUCCGCACGGGCAAGCGGCGCGCCGGCGCCGGCGCCGCCCUGCUGCAGGCCGCAAAGGAGUACGCCCGGGACCGCGGCCGGCGCUCCGUGUACAUUGACUGCUGGACCGGCGGGACGGGGAAGCUGGUGCCGUACUACCAGCGUCUUGGGUUCAAGCCCAUCCAGGAUUUUGGCGUCAAGCGCAAGGAUGCAACUGUGUGGACGGGAAAGUUUCUGCGUUACGACCUGCCUGAGCCCUGA